GGGAGUAGAGUCGGCGGGACCAGCUGCAGUACUUCAUCUCCCGGCGGGCUCAGCGCUGAAGGCUGCGGCGCGGCGCGGCGCCUUUGUGGAAGCAGUGGCCCAGCGCGGAGGAAGUUCCGGUCUCCGCGGCGCUGGGUCGGUGGCGGAGGCUGAGGAGAAGAAGUAGUGGGCCGUGGAGGCUUCGCCGCCAAGGCACUGCUAUUACCAGAAUUUGGUAGAAAAAGGAUCUACUUGUUGGCGGCCUGUUGAUAAAAAGAGAUGUGGGGGGAUUCUCGACCUGCUAACAGAACUGGACCUUUUCGUGGGAGCCAAGAAGAAAGGUUUGCUCCCGGGUGGAACAGGGAUUAUCCUCCUCUUCCCCUUAAGAGUCAUGCUCAAGAGAGACACUCUGGCAACUUUCCUGGCAGAGAUUCACUUCCCUUUGAUUUCCAGGGGCAUUCGGGGCCUCCUUUUUCAAAUGUAGAGGAGCAUUCUUUCAGCUAUGGAGCUAGAGAUGGACCGCAUGGUGACUAUCGAGGAGGGGAGGGACCUGGACAUGAUUUCAGGGGGGGUGAUUUUUCAUCUUCUGAUUUCCAGAGCAGAGAUUCAUCACAGUUGGACUUCAGGGGUAGGGACAUACAUUCUGGGGAUUUUCGGGAUAGAGAAGGACCACCUAUGGACUAUAGGGGUGGAGAUAGUACUUCUAUGGAUUAUAGAGGUAGGGAGGCACCUCAUAUGAACUACAGAGACAGGGAUGCUCACGCUGUUGACUUCAGAGGUAGGGAUGCUCCUCCAUCUGACUUCAGGGGCCGGGGCACUUAUGAUUUAGAUUUUAGAGGCCGGGAUGGAUCCCAUGCAGAUUUUAGGGGAAGGGAUUUAUCAGAUUUGGAUUUCAGGGCCAGAGAACAGUCCCGUUCUGAUUUUAGGAAUAGAGAUGUAUCUGAUUUGGACUUUAGGGACAAAGAUGGAACACAAGUAGACUUUAGAGGCCGAGGUUCAGGUACUGCUGAUCUAGACUUUAGGGACAGGGAUACACCACAUUCAGAUUUCAGAGGUAGACACCAGUCUAGGACUGAUCAGGAUUUUAGGGGCAGAGAGAUGGGACCUUGUAUGGAAUUUAAAGAUAGGGAGAUGCCCCCUGUGGAUCCAAAUAUUUUGGAUUACAUUCAGCCCUCUACACAAGAUAGAGAACAUUCUGGUAUGAAUGUGAACAGGAGAGAAGAAUCCACACAUGACCAUACGAUAGAAAGGCCUGCUUUUGGCAUUCAGAAGGGAGAAUUUGAGCAUUCAGAAACAAGAGAAGCAGAAACACAAGGUGUAGCCUUUGAACAUGAGUCUCCAGCUGACUUUCAGAACAGCCAAAGUCCAGUUCAAGACCAAGAUAAGUCACAGCUUUCUGGAGGUGAACAGCAGAGUUCAGAUGCUGGUCUGUUUAAAGAAGAAGGCGGUCUGGACUUUCUUGGGCGGCAAGACACUGACUACAGAAGCAUGGAGUACCGUGAUGUGGAUCAUAGGCUGCCAGGAAGCCAGAUGUUUGGCUAUGGCCAGAGCAAGUCUUUUCCAGAGAGCAAAACUGCCCGAGAUGCCCAACGGGACCUUCAGGAUCAAGAUUAUAGGACCGGCCCAAGUGAGGAAAAACCCAGCAGGCUUAUUCGAUUAAGCAGGGUGCCUGAAAAUGCCACAAAAGAAGAGAUUCUUAAUGCUUUUCGGACUCCUGAUGGUAUGCCUGUAAAGAACUUGCAGCUGAAGGAGUAUAACACAGGUUACGACUAUGGCUAUGUCUGCGUGGAGUUUUCACUCUUGGAAGAUGCCAUCGGAUGCAUGGAGGCCAACCAGAUGGAAACUGCUGUAUAUAUAGAAUGCUGUGUACUACUCAUUGGGCUGUUUGGAAUCACAUUGGAAAUAUCAGGAACUCUAAUGAUCCAAGACAAAGAAGUUACCCUCGAGUAUGUACCAAGCCUGGAUUUUUGGUACUGCAAACGAUGUAAGGCAAGCGUUGGUGGGCACCGAUCUUCCUGUUCAUUCUGCAAGAACCCAAGGGAAGGGAUUCUCUUUGUUUCUGUUCCACUAGUGACAGAAGCCAAGCAAGAAUUAAUAACCUACCCUCAGCCCCAGAAAACAUCUAUACCAGCACCAUUGGAAAAACAAGCCAACCAGCCCCUAAAACCUGCUGAUAAGGAACCUGAACCCAGGAAGAGGGAAGAAGGACAAGAGUCCCGCUUAGGACAUCAAAAGAGAGAAGCAGAAAGGUAUCUGCCUCCUCGAAGGGAAGGGCCAACUUUCCGAAGAGACCGAGAGAAAGAGUCAUGGUCUGGAGAGACACGCCAGGAUGGAGAAAGCAAAACUAUCAUGCUAAAGCGUAUCUAUCGUUCCACACCACCUGAGGUGAUAGUGGAAGUGCUGGAGCCCUAUGUUCGCCUUACUACUGCCAACGUUCGUAUCAUCAAGAACAGAACAGGCCCUAUGGGCCAUACCUAUGGCUUUAUUGACCUUGACUCCCAUGCGGAAGCUCUUCGUGUGGUGAAGAUCUUGCAGAACCUUGAUCCACCAUUUAGUAUUGAUGGGAAGAUGGUGGCUGUAAACCUGGCCACUGGAAAACGAAGAAAUGAUUCUGGGGACCAUUCUGACCACAUGCAUUACUAUCAGGGUAAAAAAUAUUUCCGAGAUAGGAGGGGAGGUGGCAGAAAUUCAGACUGGUCUUCAGAUACAAAUCGACAAGGACAACAGUCAUCAUCUGACUGCUACAUAUAUGAUUCCGCUACUGGCUACUAUUAUGACCCCUUGGCAGGAACUUAUUAUGACCCCAAUACCCAGCAAGAAGUCUAUGUGCCCCAGGAUCCUGGAUUACCUGAGGAAGAAGAGAUCAAGGAAAAAAAACCCACCAGUCAAGGAAAGUCAAGUAGUAAGAAGGAAAUGUCUAAAAGAGAUGGCAAGGAGAAAAAAGACAGAGGAGUGACAAGGUUUCAGGAAAAUGCCAGUGAAGGGAAGGCUCCUCCUGAAGACGUCUUUAAGAAGCCCUUGCCUCCUACUGUGAAGAAGGAAGAGAGUCCUCCUCCACCUAAAGUGGUAAACCCAUUGAUCGGCCUCUUGGGUGAAUAUGGAGGAGACAGUGACUAUGAGGAGGAAGAAGAGGAGGAACAGACCCCUCCCCCACAGCCUCGAAUAGCACAGCCCCAGAAGCGAGAGGAGCUAACAAAGAAGGAGAAUGAAGAAGACAAACUCACCGACUGGAAUAAACUGGCUUGUUUGCUCUGCAGAAGGCAGUUUCCCAAUAAAGAAGUUCUGAUCAAACACCAGCAGCUGUCAGACCUGCACAAGCAAAACCUGGAAAUUCACCGGAAGAUAAAACAAUCUGAGCAGGAGCUAGCCUAUCUGGAAAGGAGAGAACGAGAGGGAAAGUUUAAAGAAAGAGGAAAUGAUCGCAGGGAAAAGCUCCCAUCUUUUGACUCUCCAGAAAGAAAACGGAUUAAAUACUCCAGGGAAACUGACAGUGAUCGUAAACUUGUUGAUAAAGAAGAUAUUGAUACUAGCAGCAAAGGAAGCUGUGUCCAACAGGCCACUGGCUGGAGGAAAGGGGCAGGCCUGGGAUAUGGCCAUCCUGGAUUGGCUUCGUCAGAGGAGGCUGAAAGCCGGGUGAGGGGCCCCAGUGUUGGAGCCCCAGGAAGAACAAGCAAAAGACAGUCCAACGAGACUUACCGAGAUGCUGUUCGAAGAGUCAUGUUUGCUCGGUAUAAAGAACUCGAUUAAGAGUGGAGACAAGUUCCGUGAUAUACGACCUCCUUGUUUUGUUUGUCUCUCCUUUUCUUUUGUUACUGUUCUUGCUGCUAGAACUUUUUUAAAUAAACUUUUUUUCAAUGUGA